CAAAAAUAAUAAUAAAACCCUCCAUAGUUGGUUUGUUGGUUGGUUGGCAGCCCCCAUAAUCGCAUGCAUAACACCAAUCCGCAACAGUAAAGUGAUGUCAAACUUCUAACACUUGUGCUGGGGGGACAAUGUGGCAAUGGAACAUAAAGAUCACAUAUGGGGAGAGAACUCCAGCACGAACACCAAACGAGAGAAUAUGCUCCAAUCGAACAACAUGAGAACAAAUGGAAGGCAGAACAACGCCAGUUGACAACAAAGUUUGUAAGUUGCUCAGUUUCAUUUCCGAUGGGCUGCUUGCUGGCUACCAAUUGAGUGUAUGGGUGUAUGAGUGUGUGAUGUUUGGUUGGAUCGCUUUGGUUUGGCACGAUAUGCUUGCUGCUGGCCACAGAUAACACAACCGAUACAACCGUGAAUUCAAUGAAUUCAGUUACUCACGAGCGGUCUUUUGGUUUAUACGUUACACGGGAGUGCGCAAGCGCGAUAAAACGGUCUCCAGAAUAUUACAAAAGUAAAAACAAAAAAAAAAAAAAAAAAACAAUUGAAAACAAUUAAUAAAACUAAUAAUAAUUAUCGAUACAAUAAAAAAAUGAGUAUACCUUUCAAAUAAUUAUUAAAUACGUGUUUUUAAAAAAAAAAAAAUAAUAAUAAUAAAAAUUUCCAAACGAUCGAAUCAAACUCAAACCUAUUUACAUCGAAACAGAUUUUGUAACAGACAAUUCCCUUGUGUUUUCUGUGCAAUGCCCAAAAUAAUUUUUGAAUCAGUGAUCGAUCGAUGAUUGCUGAAAAAGUGGUUAUUUACUUUGCGUGUUAUUCAAAUAAAUCGUGAUUGAUAAAAUAUUGUCAAAAGCGAAACUUAAAAAAACAAAGCCUUUGAUUUCAAAGUGAAGAGUAAAUUUAAAAUAUGCAACAAAUGAGAUGCAACAUGUGGAAAAUCACUUAGAAAAUUAUAAUUUUUUUUUAAAUAAAAAAAAAAAUUAAAAACAAAAUUUUCCAAACCUUGGAAAAAUUAAAUCAAACAUCAAGUGCUAUUCUUUGGUCAUUUCAAGUUUGACUGUUUUUCCUUACCAAUUUUAUUUACAUUUGAUCCCAAUAAAACAACUUUAACGUUUUGCAUUCUGCAUGCUGACUGCUUGUCAUUCAAAGAAGUUUGGCGUCUUUUCGGAUUUUGUCACAAACCCAAAAAAAAGAAACAACAAAAAAUACAAAUUAAAACCCACCACCUGUUCUAAUGUGCUCGCUCCACAGAUUUUGGCAGCAUAUCAAAAUAAACGAACCGAAUGAAUACACAACCUCACUCAACUAGAGGACCGUGAAUAUAUUUACACCACAUAGGCGCGCAUAAGCCUAAUAACAUUCAUACCCAUAUCCAUACACAUAGGGACAACAACAGAACAUACAACGUGAUAUGCUAGCCUUUGCCAACUAAAAACAAACAACGGAAACAAAUAUCGAUAAUAAACCAUAUUUUUGAUACUUUUUAUUUGGGGGCGGAGUUUUUCCCCAUCUAUUCAAUUCCCUACCCAGAUUUGGCUUUUAAGAAUUGGGAACAGGCGCAUAGGCAACAAAUACCCGUCAUGUCACGGCAGACAUCAUCAACAGCAGCAACAACACCAAGAACACGCCUCGCAUAUGAACUAAUUGAAAAUUCCAAAGGAGUAAUUACACAAACAAAUGACAACACGUUCUAGACAUUGUCGUUGCCGGCAUAUAUCACAACCACAGCCAACUUGCAUUGUCGUUGGUAAUAAUUGUCAAUUACACAGACGCUUCAAGCGAACGCAGUUUAGGAGAACCAAAAUCUUCGAAUUAUUUUAUUUCAACCGGAAAACCCUAAAAUUAUUUUCCCUUAAAUAAAACUAUUUGGCGGCAGUCAAACCAACCGACCCCAAACAUAAACCAUUCGAACUUCGAACACAACUAUUCUAUUUAUCCAUUGAAAAAGGAACGUGCCCGCCCUAGACUCAGUCUAAGCGGAGCCUUCAUACAUCACGCACACCCACACACACAUAAUGGACUCACGCAUCGGCCUGGAUUACAUUGUCGAAAAUCGUGAUUACAUUUCGAAAUUAGGUACCGCAUUAGAUACGAACAAUGCCGUAGUUAAGAAGCAAGUAUUCGAAUUGCUAUCGGCCUUAUGUGCAUAUAAUGCAGAUGGUUAUACUCGUGCCAUAGAAACAUUAGAAUUUUAUAAGAAUCUCAAAAAUGAACGUUAUCGUUUUAAAAUUGUCAUCAACGAAUUGGAGAAGGCAACUAAUAUUGAAUAUCAAGUCGCCCUGCUGGCAUUCAUCAAUUGUGUGAUAAUAUCAGCGGCCACUCUGCAAGAUCGAAUACGAAUACGCAAUGAAUUUAUAGGUUUAAAAGUUCUUCCCCUGUUAAAUAAUUUAAGAAAAGUUGCACAAAGUGUAGGAGAUAUUAUUGUACAAUUGGACGUAUUCGACGAGCAGAGAGAAUGCGACGAAGCCCAAAGCCUACAAGGCCCAAAUGGCAUCAAUCUAAACUCACAUCUUGACGUCUUCUAUGCAAUACUGCGACAGGUGGCCGAUACACCACAGGAAGUGCCAUUCCUUAGUAUACUGCAACAUUUGUUGCGAAUCGAUCCGAAAGAACACGUUAGUGAUGUUGUCUGGGACACAACCGAAAAACUAGUACAUCGAGCCACUCUACUGGAAAGCCAUGAAGAUUCGGUGCGUCUGUUGCGCACCACGACUGCACAGAAAUUCACCUGUCCCAAUUGCCGCAGUGACGCUGUGAGUCCGACACGUAAACCGAAUGCUACGACCAUAGCUCCACCUCCGCCACCACCACCCGCUCCGGCACCGCCCCCACCGCCACCUGGGUGUGGUAAGGUGGGCGGUAGUGUAGCAGGAGGAGCUCCACCGCCACCACCACCCCCAAUGACAAUGUGCAAUGGUCCGCCAGCGCCGCCACCUAUACCCGGAGCACCACCAGCUCCACCGCCAGUUGGAAAUCUACUAUCUGCUAAAACGACUAUGCCUGCCCGUUCACUAACCCCCGAGCCACGUCUCAAUGAUGUGUUGCUGCCGCAACAGGACACCCCAGCGCCAAAGGCGAAAAUGAAAACUCUGAACUGGGGCAAAAUUCCACCACACAAAGUGAUAGGUAAACAGAAUCUAUGGACCAUUGUGGCUCACAAUCACCAGGAUACCACAAUGGAGGAUAUUGAUUGGAAUGAAAUGGAAGGACUGUUUUGCCUGCAAUCAACCAGUGCCCAGGGUUCACCGAAAUUGGGAAGGGCCGAUGGUUCGGCUGGGGCCAGUAGUAGCGGUUACGAUACCCUCGAUCGUAAGUCGAAGAAGGAAAGUACCGAAAUUAAUUUACUCGAUGGCAAGCGGACGCUGAAUGUGAAUAUAUUCCUGAAGCAGUUCAAGGGAUAUAAUUCCAAUGAAGAUAUUGUACAGCUAAUACAGGACGGUAAUCACGAAGUGAUUGGAGCCGAAAAACUUCGUGGUCUUUUGAAAAUCCUACCCGAAGUCGAUGAAAUUGAUUUGCUGAAGUCAUUCAACGGCGAUCGCCAACGGCUAGGCAGAGCUGAAAAGUUCCUGCUGCUGCUUAUGGAAGUUCCAAGCUACAAACUACGCAUUGAAAGUAUGUUGCUGAAGGAGGAAUUCGCCGCCAAUGUUACAUAUCUAGACCCCUGUAUAAAUACCAUGCUUGAAGCGGCCGAAGACCUCAUGAAUUGUCGAUCUCUGCAAGAAGUCCUGUAUUUAGUUGUGGUAGCUGGUAAUUUCUUAAAUUCUGGUGGUUAUGCCGGAAAUGCUGUGGGCGUUAAGCUUUCCUCACUGACCAAACUAACCGAUAUUAGGGCGAAUAAGCCCGGCAUGAAUCUAAUACAUUUUGUGGCCAUACAGGCGGAGAAACGCGACGCGUCACUGUUGAAUUUCACCAAUGAAUUGAGUAAUCUAGAAAGUGCUUCCAAAACUAAUUUAGAACAAAUUGGCAUUGACAUAAAGAACCUUGAUUCGCAAUUACAAAAAAUCAAAAGACAAAUUGAAAUGCCCAAUACCGAUGAAGAUAUUAAAGAUCAAAUGAUGGACUUUUUGCAAAGUGCCGAAGGAGAAAUGACAGUCCUUAAGGCCGGCAUGGAUGCUGUGGAUAGUAUGCGCCUAAAAUUGGCCGAUUUCUUUUGUGAAGAUCCGGCCACCUUCCGGCUGGAAGAAUGCUUUAAAAUAUUGCAAACCUUCUGUGAUAAAUUCAAGCAAGCUGUCAAAGAGAAUGAACGACGCCAGCAGUUGGAGGAGCAGGCUAGCUUAAGGCAGAAGCAGAGAGAAGAACAAAUGGCCAGGAGAGCCAAAUAUGCAACCCUUAAUGGAACCCCAAGCUCAGAUUUCGAUAGCCAAUUUUCAUUGGAUUCUUCCUUUGAUCCCAGAGCCAGUCCAGCGUUGUCCCGCAAACGUUAUGGCUCAUUUAACAAUGGCAGUAAUGCGGAAGUCAACAAUAGCUUUAUACGCUCAGAGGCUACAAAUGGCCAUUGUGAUGGCCAAUCACCGGACAUAACACCCAAUGGCAGUAUGAGAAGACGUCGCAGUCGAGUCCUAAACGAGGAAGACGAUUUAAUGGAAUUUUUGCGUACCUCAGGACAUGAACGCAAUAGCCGUGAGAGAAAGGCAGCCUACGGAAGUUUAGAUCGCUCAUGGGCCCGUCGUGCUCGUUCAGGAAGCUCUAGUCGUAAACGUCCCGAUUUAUUGAAUAUUGAUUUUGGAGCAGACAGAGAGCGUGCCGCUUCUCCCCUACCCAUCAAUGUGGCAGAGAAAUGUUCUCCUCUGUCACCCAGCAAUGGAGAAAUUGUUCAAACGAACAAUGAUGACACAAAACCAAGAAUAUCUCGUGAAUGGCGUCAAAAAAUCGAAAAUUGGUUACAAUCGAACGAAAACGAUGAAAAACAAGACGAGGAAUACAAACGUAAGCGACGUUUGGUUAACAUUAAUAGGCGUUCGCUUGAAAACGAGUCAGAAAGCGAACGAAAAUUGGAUACCUUACCCGAAGAGAAAUUUGUACCAACUACACCGAACUCUUGUACUAAAACAUCUAACCAACAAACACUAACCAAUAAUGUUACUAAUAAUAACAAAAAUCGUGAUGGCUACAAACGUGUCUAUCCGGACUGGAAGCCAUCGAAGACAUUGGAAACGGAUGUUGUUGGUACCAUAGAAGCCAUUGCCAAUGUCAAUGAUGCCCGAGAAAAUUCUAAAAAACAAUUGGAAAAGCCAAGCAUAUCGGAAUCAGAUUUAAGUUCCACAACAAAAUCAUACAUCCACAACAAAUACUCUGCACCCUAUUCCAAUACCGAAGAGGUUGUCUAUCGCAGGCAACGUUCAGUGGAAAAUAAUCCAAUGCAGUUGGAUCCCAUUGCCGAAGAGGAUCGCCGUAAAUCUUUGAUUGCUCAACAAAUGGCCGAGAAAGAUGCACAUGAGCGGUUACAAAUCUACAUACGUUCACCGACCUCGACGACACCGGCGGAUCGUAAAUCUGUCGAAAGAACGUCGCCGCCGCAUCAUCCUCAUCAGCAACCUGCAACCGUAUCACAAAAUUCGACGACUGUAACAAAUGACACAGCAGCUAGUAGUACCAAAGUUAAUUAUGUCGAACGACAUAAAUCCAAAUCACCAUCGCCAUCAUUCCAAACGAAUAGAUUCCAUUCGGAUAAUACCUCACUGAAAUGCAAUGAUAUGCACAGCAUCUCGAAACGCAAAGAAAUCGAUGCGGAUAAUAUUGAAACACCACCCGCGUCCAGGAGAAUCAUAUCUAGUCCCACAUCCACAUUGGUGACGGUCAAUCGCCCGGAACCAACAAAAACUCAGGUCGAAACAAAUGCGGAGAGUUAUCCUGCUGGUAAUGACAUGGAAUCUUCAGAGACGCCCGGCCAUUUCGAUCGUUACUCCAUAGCCAGACGCACACGACGCUACAAGCGACCCACUGACUACAGCAGUGGAAAUGAAGAGUUGACCUCAGCCAAAGAUUCGAGUGAAGAGAAUUCACUAAACCAAAUAAACAAAACGGAAGAAACUCCCCAGGAAGUGGCCCCCGUAACGGCUCCAGUACCGCCCAAGGUCGAUGAGAUCACAAAACCGGAAAAACCGAAACGUGUUUCGGCCAGAACCAUAACUAAAUUGGAAAAGGUUGGGCGCCAUAUUAGUUCCAUUAAUCAGGAAGAUGUUCAGGAGGCAUUGCGUAAUCUCAAAUCACCCACAGAUGUACCCGAACGACUCUGGAGUCCUCCACGAGAAAUACUCAGUCAAAGAUCACCAAAUCUGGCCACAACAACAACAACAGCUAAUGGCAGCACCAUCAUCAAAGUAUCGAAUCACGAGUUGAACGAUGAAGGUUUUGAAGAAACCCAAAGUCUAGUCUCCGACACACCUUCUCAAGGUAAAGAGAGUAUAAAUUCCUCUUGCAAUGAAGCCAAUGAAAUCAGUAAACUGUCACAAAAACCAGUAUCACAAAAAGUCACUCCAAUACAGAAAAUCUCCAGCCGUUUGGCCGAUAGAUUACAAAUCUCCCGCUUACGCUCAUCAACAGCCAAGUCACAAACAAAUGCUACGGGGACGACGACAGGUUCGGCACGUAGAACACCCUCGGCCUCGGUUGAUCGUUCGAGAGCAACGCGCUCGACAAGUGGACCAGCAGUGCAUGGUCCAGCUAGCUCACCGGCAGCGGCCCACAUGAGCAACUUCACCAACAAUGCCAUAAGAAGAGCUACGUCCCUGCGCAAGACACUACCCCAAGUAGCGGAAGCAGCAUCGAACUCCAACAAACGUGAUGUGGAACGCAGCAGUUCACGCAACAGCUUACGUUCAUCGCGUUCCUCCAUAAACAGUGCCACCUCUACGAAUACCGUAAAACGUAUGCCCAUGGGCCUGGGGAACCACAAGAGUCCCCUGCAAACCAUGUCCGUAGAUUCAUCGCCCAGCAAACGACCAUUGGGUACACAAAACAUCCGGACAAGUGCAAAUCGUUUGGGUACCGGUGUACCGGCAAGUCGUUCAAGUUCUAGUGGUUCCAGUGUCGGGCCCAGUGUUGUGGUGGUCAGAAAUAGAAUAAAUCCCGCAACACAACGUCAAACUUCUUCCCACUCCAGUCUGGGGAAUAGUACAAGUUUCAAAGAGAAUCAAACAAAUAUUGGUUCGACAAGACCACAAUCGGCUCGUUCGGCUAUUUUGGUCAAGGCCACUAUUACCAAUCCAUCUCAAACGGCCGCACAACAACAACAGCGUGGUGCAACCUCUCGCAGUAGUUCAAGUGUACGCUCAUCAAGUAGUUUUAUGCGACCAACUGCUUCGAGUGCCACCAAACGUUCGAAAUAAAAUUGAUAGAAGAAUCCUUUAAUAGUACAGAAAUAAUAAAAUGGAAAAAGGUAAAGAACAAAGCAUUCCAGAUUUAGACAGGAAAAAAUAACUAACAACACAGGGAAAAAAUACAAAACAAAAAGGGUUUCCAUUUUUGCAGCCAUGUUGGGUAAUAAUAUUGAGAGGAGAACAGCAUAUUUUUUUCAUGUCAGUCAUGGUGUAAUGAAAUUCUGUCCUUGAAAAAUUAUUUUCCAUACCAACAACGAUAUUUUUGUAAAUAUUUAAAUUGUUGUGCCUAAAUAUGACUUUGUAUAAGCCAUGGCACAAUGAAUCACCGACACAACCAGAAACGCAAAUUUUAACUAUUUGGGCGCCAACAAACAAAAAUUAUAAUUAUUUAAAGCAAAAGGUUAAUUUUUUUAAAUUUAUAUAGACGUCGACAAGAGUGUUUGAAAAGUCAUAUUACUGACAUUGAUAAAUUGGUUUCUAUAAAAACAAUGUGUUUUUGUAAAAAUGUUAGUUGUUAUAUUUAAAUAUGCCUUAGUAUAACUCAUGGUACAAUGAAUCGCCGACUUAGCUAUAAAUGCCCUACGAAACCAUUUGGGCGCCAACAGAAAAAAAAUGUAAUUUUUUAAGCAAAAAGUUCAGAAAAGCUAUAAAAUGGAUACAUCGUCAGUGAAAAAUCCACCUUAACAUUUAAGAUUCGUUCCAACAGUUCGUAUUAGGCCUUUUUAGUAUUCAAAAUGCACAAUUUGCUCAGUCUGACAAAAAUUGUUAUCAAAACUUCAUACAUGGUAAUAAAUUUUCAGACUUUUAAGAACUUAUAUAUUAUUCAAUGUUUUCCUAUUUCGGAAAGAAUAAUUGGAAAACGUUUACGUUAUUAACCAUUAAGUCGUCAAAAUCUUUCAUUUUGAACUUUACGGAGCAGGCAUAAAGGACCCACAUCCAGUUGUUUUGUCCAAAAGUAUUUCCAUAUGUUAUCCCAACAAACUAACAGUGAUCUCAAUAUGAAAUUUCAAAACCUCAACUCUAUCCUUUCCCCAAUUCCUAAUUUAGUACCGUUUCGUAUGCAUAUUCCAAAACAAUCUACAUCUCUACCCCAUAGACACCAACAGUGAUCCGAAUUAAGUUCAAUUUAGUACUUUUCGUACAAUUAUGGUACACAUUUCCCAAAAGACCUCCAUAUCCCAAUCCCAGAUACCAACAGAGACCUUAAUAUUAAAUUUGAGGAUUCCAGCACUAUUCCUUCGCCCAAAUACAGUACGCAUUCCCAAACCAUCGCCAAAUCAAGAAUCUAGAUAUCAAAAUUUAGAAUUGUAUUUAGUACUUUUUGAAUUAUUACAGUACACAUUUCCUAAAUCCUUAAUAUCUUAAAAUUCGUAAUUUCUGCUCUAUUCCUUUACCCAAUACUAAAUUUAGUACUAUUUAUUACUUUUGAGUACAAUUAUAAUAAAAAUUUCCAGAGCCUACUCCAUAUCUCAAUGCUAUAUACCUAUAGAGACCUCAAAAUUAAAUUCCAAGAUUCCAGCUCAUUCGCUUCACCCAAUACCAAACAUAGUGCCAUUCAGUACUUUUCGUACAAUUAUAGUACAUAUUUCCGAAACCACCUCCAUAUGUCCAGGCUACACAUAAACAGCGACCCUAAUACCAAAUUUCAGACUUGAAGCAUUAUCUCUUCACCCAAUGCCAAAUUGUACUGAAUAUAGCACUAUUUAGUACUUUUCGUGCACCAUUUCCAUAAUUAUAAUACAUAAUUUCGGCUCCAUCCGUUCUCCCCAAAUCCGUUCACAGUUCAAAGACUUGGUACACAUUUCCAAAACCACCUCCAUACAUCCAACUUAGUUUCCAACCUUGAUUCUCAUACCGAAUUCAAUUUUUUAGCUCUAUCCGUUCAUAUAAUACCAAAUAGCACCAUUGUAGAAGUUUAGUACCAUUUUAUAACUGUUCGUAACCUUAAGCCUGAACUCUUUGGUACCUCUAUACUGCAUUCCAUUAGUAACUGUCAUCCCAAAUUUCAGAAUUCAUAAAUAAGUGCUCAGAAAUUGCGAGUUUCACCUGCUACUUUCAACUUCUGAAUUCGAGCGGAAGUACGUCAGUGAGUAAAAAGAAUGGAAUUCUCCUUUUUUAUACGACACGAAUAAGACCGGUACCUUGCAACACAUUCUAAUUUUUCCUCUUUUUAUGGCCUAUCUUGUAUACAUUGGCCCAUGGUGCACAUCUUUCGAACGAUAUGCACGCUAGUCGGAGCCCCAAAAUGAACUGGAGAGUGAAACCCGCUUGUAUUUUAAAGAGUAUUCUUCUACGAGUUAAACACAAGAAAUCGAGAGUACCCUAUUUUUCUAAGACUCGAAUUAGAGCGGGAAUUCGUUGCUCAUUUUUGAGAGAGAGCAAAACGUAUCCAUAUUGAGUAGGUUCUACUUUUUUUGAGCACUCCUUUAAUUUUUUAUAUACCUAGUUUUCAACAAAUGAUACGGUUUAAACCCCCUUGCAAUAUUCAGCAUCUCAUGUUUUCCAAAAUUUUUGUUUCCAUUUGAUUUCACUCUAGAAGUAAACUCUAUUUCGAAUAUUUUGACUCCCAUUCUUAUGUAUCAGACAGGUGUACUCGCGUGCGCUCCAAAAUUAGGAAAUGAUCUUCUUAUUUCUUCUCCAAAAAGCAAUUAUUUCGAGACACUAGUGAACUAUCUUUUGAAACUCAGUAGAAACAAUUCUGAAACAUUGCCCUUUUGACUGACAUGAAAAUAAUUAAUCUCGAUUUUUAUUAAUUUUCAAACAAUCCAACACAAUGAAACCCUUUUUGUAUAAACAACAAAAAAAUAACAAAUAUUUUUUUUACAAUCACUUGCAAAUACCUUAUUGAAACCAAAUAAUUAAAUACGUCCUCAAAUAACCAAAAAGCAAAUAAAUCCGAAUAAACACCAAACCGUCCAAAAUUGUUAAAAAUCGUUAAAAAAAAACAAAAUCAAAAUCUUCUUUAGAUAUAUUACAUACAGAUAAAUGUACACAAUUCAAAAAAAAAUGAACUCCAUCCCGAUAUAACAUGAUAUUGUUGUCAAAAGUGAUCGUACAUUAAAAUUAAGUACUGUUUUCAUAGAAAAAAAAUUUCAGAUAAAAAAAUGAACAAAAACUACUUUUUGGAACCCAUUUUCGGAAAAAAAAGAAAAUGUUAGAAUAAUCUAAAAUAUGUGUAAUACUUCUUACCUACACCACUAGCCAUAUAUAUAUUUAUUGCUAGACAGAAUAUACAUCUAAAGUUUGUAAAAGCCAAAAAAAAGGAUUAUGUUACCACAUUUAAUUUUUUUUUUCAGGUCGAAGAAUAAAUUCGGAUUAUGGAAAGGAUUAUGUUACCACUUUUAAUUUUUUUUCAGGUCGAAGAAUAAAUUCGUUUUAGCUGUUGUGACUUCUCACAUACUUCAUUUACCAAUUUUAUGUUUUUUAUUUAUUUUUUUUUUUUUUGAAUUGAUUGAAUUUAAUAACUAAUUCUAUUCUCCGCCUUCAAUGAAUAAUUUUCUUUUUAAUUUUUAUUGUCAGCAUUUUUAAUAAUUUCUUAGUCAAAGUAUGGAUAGUGGUGUAGGGUACCCCCUAUGACCAGUAUUUACAGAUUUUUUUUAUUUUCUUUUCAAAAAUUUUGUGGCAUCUUUGAAGAAGGAAGACCUGAAGUGGUAUGGAGUAUUAUUUUAUUAUCCUCAAUAUAUGUUUUCUAACUUUCAGUCGUCCGCACACGAGUAUGUUUUUUAGAAUUUUUCGGACUUCGGUAUUCCUUGUUAUUAUAUUUUCAAAUAUUGUAGCAAUAGAGUUCAUUGUUAUAGGCAACUGAUUUAAAAAAAAAAAAUAAGAAAAAAUAUUAUCUAAAAUUAGAUAAAAUUUAAGCGUGGUGCAAAUAAAAAAAGAGAAAAUCUGACACCUCCAAAGUCACAAAACCAAUCAAUUGUUUUUAAACAGGAAAUUUACAAAAAAAUUAAACAUUUUAUACAAAAAAAACAACAAUAAAUGUAAUGUAAUGAAUCAACUUUCCAUAUAGAUAUACAUAAAAGACAUUGUUAAUUUUUUUUAUUAACACAUAACUAAGAUUCUUUGUAAUAGAUCUAUUUAGAAUUAAACGGAUAACAGAUAAUGAUAUUUUUAGACUAUAAGCAAAUAUAUGAGAAUGAAUAUUCCCAAUAACAAAUAAUAAAACACAAAUAGUUUAAGUCAGCCCCCAAACCUUUUAAUACUUGAUUCUAGUUUCUUUCUUUCUAAAAUAAACUUUUUUUAAUUUUAAGACAUAAAACAAGCUUACUUUAUAUUUUAUUAAAAAAAUAUUGUUUUUUUGUAACAAAACUCACACAAGUUUCUGACAAAAAAAACUAAAAAACUCUUAAUUAAUAAGCCUACGAUUUAUAAAUUAUUAACUAUAUCAAUUUGUUUUAUAAGCAAUUUUUAAAACACAUUUUUAAAUGUAAUUAGUUUAAGUUCAUCAAAUUAACCAAUCAAACUCACCUCUUAUUCAAAACAAAAACCCAUAACAUCAAUCGAAAUUAUUUACUGAUAAUAAAUAAAAAAUUAAAAUAAUUAAAGAAAUCUGUUAACAUUUCUAAUUUAAAAUAAUAUAAAUAAAAUCGCAAAACCAAUAAAACUUGGUAUUUGUUUAUAUUUUAAUUUAUUUUUUUUUUUUUUAAUUGUAAUUAAUUUUUUGAUACAAUUUCCUUAAUUUGUAAAACUGAACCUAAUAUUAAUAACAAAGAAGCAAACAAACAAAAUUAAUUAAGUCGUUAUGAACAAUGUAUUAGAAACAAAAAAAUAAUACAAUAAAAUUGAAUUACACAUAUAAA